GCUUUCUGCGUUGCUAAGCCCCGCGGGGCGACAUCUGGCUCGUCAAAUAACAUCUUUACGCGAUGCUUCCUGGCGUCUGUCUGUGUGCCCUGGUGCAUCGGGGAUCGAAAGGAGGAUUUUAAAAGGGUAAUAUGUGAACACUAAACGAAUACUAUUCCGAAUAUGUCGAUUAGUGAAGCCGUUUGAACGGAAGAAGAUGAAUAAGGGGAUGUUGAAAUAACUCGCCACAUUACACCGAGAUCGUAUCAGUUUUAUGGCGGGGUUGGCUCGGCUUGUGACCGUUUGAGAAACCUGCAUUCAGCGUGGACGUUCGUUCGUGUGUCUGCCCAUUCGACCUGAUCGCGGCGGAAGUGCCGCGGAUGGAGGUUGUUGAGAGUGGGUAAUGAGAUAAGCAUCUUUUCAGUCGAGGAGGCAGCAUCUGCACAUCUGCAACGAGUCGCUCAUUCACUCCCUCUCGCCCGCACGCUGGAAAGAAGGGAAAUCAACGCUGGCUUACAACAAGGACCUUAUUCGGUAGAUUUCACCAAUCAUCUGAUUUCAACCCAACAUUACAUUCGAUUCACGCGAUUGUAAUCUCGAUGAUGCCAAGAGGUGAUGUAAACUGAAUCGUUGGAAGCGGGUUGUAGUUGCAGCCGUAGGAGCGCGGUGCUGACGGUCUGAGCGACAGAGCGAGGAGAGAAGCGGAGCUGUCCACGGGCUGGUGGUGCUGAUGCGGCUGCUCUGAGAGAAGCAGAGGAACCGAGCCACACCGAGCAUGGCUGCCGGGAAGUUACUGCUCUACGCCGGCCUGUCCCUCUCCCUGUGCGCCCUGGGGAUGCUCGCAGUGGCGAUCUGCUCCGACCACUGGUACGAGACAGACGCGCGGAGGUACCGGGAACGCUGCCGGAGCUUUUCCAGCCGCAAGAACCCAGGGUUCAUCUACAUUCCAAACAACAGUCUCCCUCUGCGGGCAAGCCGCUCCAAACUGGACCGCUGGGAGGAUAAGCUUCUCUUAGCCAGGAACAGACGACAGCUGUUCGCUAUGUCGGCGGCGGAUGAAUGUAGCCGACAGUACAAUUCCACCAACAUGGGACUGUGGAGCAAAUGUCACCGACUGGGCUUCGACCAGGAUAUAGAGGACCUUAUUCGCAAGGGUAUGAUGGCCAGGUGCUCUUACAUCAAGUACCACUAUUCCUCGGCCACAAUACCCAAGAACCUUUCGUACAACAUCACCAAGACCAUCCGCCAGGACGAGUGGCACUCCUUGCACCUGCGGCGGAUGACGGCAGGCUUCAUGGGCAUGGCCGUGGCCAUCAUCCUGUUCGGCUGGGUCAUCGGGGUCCUGGGCUGCUGCUGGGACAGAGGGCUCAUGCAGUAUGUGGCCGGACUGCUGUUCCUCAUGGGGGGAACCUUCUGCAUCAUCUCUCUGUGCACUUGUGUUGCCGGGAUCAACUUCGAGCUGUCCCGUUACCCACGCUACCUGUACGGGCUGCCAGACGAUAUCGGCCACGGCUAUGGCUGGUCCAUGUUCUGCGCCUGGGGGGGUUUGGGUCUGACCCUUAUUGCCGGCUUCUUCUGCACUCUGGCUCCCUCCGUGCAGCCCCUCCCUCGUUCCACCUGCCCCAAGUCGAGGCAGGAGAAUGGGACAGUGUGCUAAAAGGUCUGGCGGAGAGGACGGAGGACUGGAGGUCCCUGGACCUGGGCUACAGUGCUAGCUAGAUAGAUAUCUGACUACACCUUUAACCACACAGGACUGCCAGAAGAAAAUAAAUAAUCAACAAUCUAACAAACAAAAAUCUAACAAGUAGGCAAAUCCAUUGUUUUUUAUUUUAUUAAUCAUCUCAGAAAUCUUUUCAUGACAACUUACAUUGUUUUGUUUCUUAUUUUUUAUUGUGUGUGUGUGUGUGUGUGUGUGUGUGUGUGUGAAUGUCUAUAAACAUUUGUGUCUUGAUCUAGUAAAUUGAAAAAUUACAGGAAAGAUAACCGAGGAUCUGACAUGCUGGUUGGUUUGUAGUCUCGGGCAAGAGCUGAUGACAUGCUGGUUGAUUUGUAGUCUCGGGCCAGAGCUGAUGACAUGCUGGUUGGUUUGUAGUCUCGGGCCAGAGCUGAUGACAUGCUGGUUGGUUUGUAGUCUCGGGCCAGAGCUGAUGACAUGCUGGUAUGGGCGGACGAUGAAACUGUCCUUGACAUGGGAAAUGACCGACAGACAUAUGGA